CACAGAGAUUGAAGAUCUCAUCUUUUUUAACCUCAAAAACACCCCCCCUUCUCUUCUUUCUCCAAAGCAUAAGAAAAAAGUAUUGAAAUUUGUAAAUAAAACCCAUUUUAGAUCUAAGAAAGAAAGAAGAAGAAGAAGAUGUUUGCAGCAGAGAAUGGAUUGAAAGGUGAUUCAAGGCUUGAAGCUAUCUCAGAAGCCAUUAGAGUGGUUCCUCACUUUCCAAAACCAGGAAUAAUGUUUCAAGAUAUAACAACUCUUUUACUGAAUCAUAAGGCCUUUAAAGACACCAUUGAUAUCUUUGUUGAUAGAUAUCAGCAUAUGGGCAUAUCUCUUGUUGCAGGAAUUGAAGCUAGAGGUUUCUUGUUUGGUCCAUCUAUCGCACUUGCUAUUGGUGCAAAGUUUGUUCCACUUCGUAAACCUAAGAAAUUACCAGGCGAAGUUAUUUCGGAAUCAUAUGUGCUAGAAUAUGGGACUGAUUGUCUAGAGAUGCAUGUGGGUGCGGUUCAGCCUGGGGAGCGAGCCGUGGUUAUAGAUGACUUAGUUGCUACUGGUGGAACUCUUUCGGCCGCAAUUAGACUUUUGGAACGAAUGGGAGCGGAUGUUGUGGAAUGCGGAUGUGUUGUAGGAUUGCCCGAGGUCAAGGGAAAGAACAGGCUUAAUGGGAAACCACUCUACAUUCUUGUGGAGCCAAGGGAAGUAGAAAACUGUUGCUAUGAUAGGGUUCAUUGAAUCAAGCAAAGACGAUGACGACGACAACUUUGGCGUUCAACAGCCAAUUUUCAUGCCUUCCUUUUCUAUUCUUUUUUUCUUUUCAAGCUAAAUGUUGUAGAAAUUUAUCACUCUGAAAAGGAUGGAUAUGGAGCCUAUUUCAAAACUAUAUUUUAUCACAAUAUCUAUCAUCCAA